AUGCAUCACCUCCGUGAUGCUCUACUAAGCCCCUCGCCAGAGGGCCCUCCUGAACUCAACAAGCUAGACGAAAUGGCUAAGGAUAUGCUAAGCGUUCGUGAAUCUGUGGCGCGUGGGGAAUUUAAUGAGCUCCGCGGAGCAGCUUUCUAUAAUCGAGCUGGGGUUGUCAGCAAUCGAUACUGCAGCCUAGGAGAUGGUAUAGAUUCUCUGGUACACCACAUUCAUUCUAUGUGGCACAUGUACUACCAGCUUAGUGUGCACACGGCACAUGAUACGUACGAUCACGACCGCUUGGUCCUCGAUAUCGUCCGAAUUCAGGGACUGGGACCGUUGACCAGGCCCGUGACUGGGAACUACGGCAUCGAUAUCGCACGAACAGUCGAUGGCACGGUGUGGAAUGACCUCCCCUUCCUGGCCACGGACAUGACCGAAUUCUGGAUCAACAAUUGCGCGACCUUGAAAAACGCUCAGCGACUCAAUCUCGCGUCCUUCUUAGCUAAGCUGGCGUCGACCCGCGUUAGCAAGGAUCGAAUCUGUCAGAUCGGUCUUGUUCUGUUCUCCUCUACUUUUGAGGAAAGACGCGUGAUUGUCGGAGGGGAGCCAGAUGAACUUGCUUCACAUCAGUGGAUCUCGACUCUUGAUUUGAUGCAGCUUAUGCCGGCUGUGUGUGUGUGGGUCAAAGAGGCUGGUCACGUUCUUGUCCAACUCUGCGAUGUCUCAUGGAAUGAUUGUCCCAGCAAGAUUGGGCAGGGUGGGCAUAACUUUCUAGAAUCCGAAUUCGGGAAGCGAUCACCAACUGGAUUCACCCCAUGGAGAUGGAUGUACUGGCUCAAGCGUCUCCAUGAAAUUCGUGAAGAAGCGAAAGAGGCAAAUGAGAAAAUCCUCGAGGAGCAGACUACGGAUGCUAUUGACCGCAUGGUCGCGCAAGUGCACAAGCGAAAUUCUGGAAUUCUCAGGGCGUACCAAGACGGUGGAGAUUUCUUGAAGCAGGAUGAACAUUUGUCAUGCUUGAAGGGUAAAUAUAUCAAAUAA